CUCUCAUUCUCAUUCUUUUUAACCUCGCUGGCGAGUGAUCCUUUUCCACCCAAUUUAUAUCUUUGUAAUACCAGAACGAACCUCUCUUUAAUUUUACUCUGGUUACACUCUGUCAAAGAACAAACACCACACACAAGUCUGUACACAAACCACCAAAAUGGGCGCCAAUCUUUCCUCCACAUUCGUUCCGGAUCUCUCGGGCGUCGUCCUCAGCCCUCAAGACAAAGACUCAGACAUUCACCUCGCCGUCUUCUGGGGCGCAACUCUCUACAUCUGCGCCAUGAUCUUUAGCACAUGCGCACUCAUCGACCGCUGGAAGGGUCCUUACGACCGCAUCCGGACGACGGGAGGUUCAGUGAUCGGAGCGCUGUUACUAUCCACGGCUUGGCCUGUCGUCAUGGCCUACCUCAUGUUUAACCCCGCGUUUGCCGAUUGAUGAGCAUCAACAUGGAAAUGGGAACGGGAAAUGGGUUGCGUUGCUGGUUAGCGAUUCGGAUGGACGGCGCAUUUUGGGAGAUGAUACCUCGAGGUACCUUGGAUACAAAAGAUGGGCGGAUAGCAUAUUAAAUCAAACCUGGAGUUUGAAUGCAUACCACAUCGAUAUAACAUCUAAUACAUAUUCUUUUCUAUGUCUCA